AUGUCGAUUCCCCUCUCACCGAAGAUCCCCCUCUGGCUGGAUUGCGAUCCAGGCCACGAUGCUCAUGGGUAUCUCUACCGUCUUUGGAAAUGCCGCGCUCGAGUAUGGCAACCUGUUCACCGAGGUGCUCUCAUCGAUGAGAUAAGAGGCCCUUCAAGAGCCCACCAGCUAACAGACUUGAUCAGCAAAACCACCAUGAACGCCGCCUCCAUCCUCACCUCCAUCAGCAAGCACAAUGAGAUCCCCGUCUACGCCGGCGCCUCUCACGCCCUGACGCGGCCGCCGAUGCACCACCCCACGGACAUUCACGGCGAGUCCGGCCUCGACGGCACCGAACUCCUGCCUCAGCCCCUCGUCAAGCCCAACACGACGCGGCCCGCCGUCGACGCCAUGGCCGAGGCCAUCCUCGCCGAGGCCCCUAACACGGUCCACGUCAUUGCGACGGGCGCCUUCACCAACGUCGCCGCCCUCUUCCAGGCCCACCCCAACCUCAAGGCCCACGUCAAGGCCGUCAGCGUCGGCGACGAGGAGCGCAUCGGCAACUACAACCCCUGGGCCGAGUUCAACAUCAUCGCCGAUCCCGAGGCCGCCGCCUUCCUCUGCGACGACCCCGUCAUCAGCCAAAAGCUGACGUUCAUCCCCCUCGACCUCACCCACCAGGUCCUCGCCACCGAGCAGGUCCGCGACCUCCUGCUCUACGGCGAGGGCGGCCCCAAGACGGGCGCCGGCAAGACGACCCUGCGCCAGAUGCUCGUCGAGCUCCUCAUGUUCUUCGCCAAGACGUACGCCGACGUCUUCGGCAUCACUGACGGGCCCCCGCUGCACGACCCCCUUGCCGUCGCCGUCGCCCUCAUCGGCACGCCCCACGAGAUCGCCUUCCGCGACUUUGACGCCGCCGCCGCCAGCAGCGGCAGCGUCAAGUACCGCGAGCGGUUCGCCGUCAAGGUCGAGACCGAGGGCAGCUACGCCGAUGCUGUCGAGGGCAAGACGCAGACGGGCAGAACCAUCUGCAAGAAGCUCGAGGCGGGGAGCGCUGGCGUUGCCAUCCCGAGGGGCAUUGACGUGCCCAAGUUCUGGAAGGUGUUGGAGGAGUGCAUCCAGCGGGCGGACGAGGCGAAUGCCGGCGCCGUCAAGGGGCUCGCGGAGAAGGGGCCUCUGCAUGCGUAG